GCCCGGAACUGCCCCGCCGGCGGCCCACAUCGCGGGGUGGGAAAGGACCGAGGGGAGGCAGCGCCUCGGCGCUGUUGUGAGCAUCGCGCUGAAGUGCUGACGGGACAGCGAUAAUUCGUUCUUGAGGGAGUUGUGCCUGUCAUCCCACCACCGCCAGCCCGCCGGCAAAAUGUGUGCGUGCGACCUGUUAGGCCGGGAGCGUGAGAAGAGACGACAAUGGGCUCGGGGCUGUAUGGGAGGAAUGCAAAUGUGGCUAUUUAAUUUGCAGUGCUUCACAGCCGUAGCAGAGCAUUAAAUAAUCUUAGAGGAACCCAACAUUAAGUGAUUUCUGCACAGCUGGCCAGAAAAGCAGUUGUCUCUGCCUUCUCAGUGCAGCAUGGCAUUUGGACUUGGUGCUUUUUGCCUGUUACUAUGGGCAAUAACAGGUACCUACUGUGAGCAGUGCAGAGAAGGAGCCACGUAUUCAAGUGCAGUAAUAUCUCCCAACUUAGAAACGACUAAAAUUAUGCGAGUUCCUCACGCUACAUCAGUGUCUGAAUGCAUCACGGCAUGUUGUGAUCUCUCUGGUUGUGACUUGUCCUGGAUGUUUGAACAGCGUUGUUACAUUGUGAACUGCCAGCACAAAGAGAACUGUGAACCUAAAACAAUUGAGACUGUGAAGUCCUAUCUAAUAUUUGUGCUGAGACCUUCUCAGAGGCCAGCCUCACUGCUGGGAUUUGGGCAGGUGAUCCCAAGCAUGGUGCACUCUGUGGGACGUCAGAAUGAGCCAUCUGAGGAAGUGUCUUUGCUUGGCAAAGAACUCAGCCUUGAGGAGAUGCCUGAAUACAUAGAUGAUUAUAAAGAUUUGGAGCAGGACCCCUUUCAGGUGAGCCUCAAACAUGAACAGAAGGAGAGCACGGAUUAUGCUGACUGGGGCCUGAUGGUAGCAGGUGAAAAUGGUUUCAACACUUCAAUCAGCGACAAUGGAGAUAACCAGGAAGAGGAAGCUGGAAAGGUUGAAAGCCUUCUAAGCAAAAACAGAUCUGAAUUGAGCUCUGUCAGUGAACACUCCACAGAGAGGCUGCCUUCUCUCCCAGAGAUUACACCCUUCCCUGGAAAGACAUCUGAAAGCAGAGCAGCUGUUGAGCUGCUUACACAGCCUGCCAAUGCUUUGCAAGAAAAGGUUCCUCCUUAUUCCCCUCCAUCAGACAAACUGGAAUUCUCCCCAGAUGUGUCAGACAAAGCCCAGACUCCUACCGUGGCACCAGAUAAUGUGACUGAACAUGGAAUCAUGCUGCUUCCCAGUAACACUGCGCCAUCUGAACCCAUGCAGCAAUUUACACCUCCUGCUACUGCUGCCAAAGCAGAUACAGUAAAAGAACUUAUUGUGUCUGCUGGAGAUAACGUACAAGUGAUGCUACCCAAAAAUGAGGUUGAACUGAAUGCUUUUGUUGUCCCACCACCACCAACAGAAACAUCCUACAGCUAUGAAUGGAGAUUAAUUAGUCACCCUGCUGACUAUGGUGGUGAAAUGGAGCGCAGGUACACCCGGACACUGAAGCUCUCUCAUUUGUCAGUGGGACUUUACGCCUUCAAAGUGACAGUUUCUGGUGAAAAUGCCUUUGGCGAAGGUUUUGUAAAUGUCACUGUCAAACCAGCAGUCAGAGUUAACCAGCCACCUGUUGCUGUUGCUUCACCCAAAGUACAAGAAGUUUCUUUGCCUACAACUUCUACCUUCAUUGAUGGCAGUCAAAGUACAGAUGAUAUGAAGAUCGUGAGUUACCACUGGGAAGAAAUUAAAGGUCCUUUGCGGGAGCAGAAAGCAUCUGCUGACACACCUGUCUUGCACUUGUCUAACCUUGUUCUUGGAAAUUACACUUUCAGACUCACUGUGAUUGAUUCAGAUGGAGCAGCCAACUCCACAAUUGCAUCUCUGAGUGUCAAUAAACCAGUGGAUUACCCACCAAUUGCAAAUGCAGGACCUAACCAGGCAGUCACUUUGCCCCAAAACUUCGUCACAUUGAAUGGAAACCAGAGCAGUGAUGACCAUGAAAUUGUCAGCUAUGAGUGGUCACUCAGUCCCAGAAGCAAAGACAAGGUUGUCGCAAUGCAGGGAGUGCGGACUCCAUACCUCCAGCUAUCUGCAAUGCAGGAAGGAGAUUAUACCUUUCAGCUCACAGUCACAGAUUCAGCAAGGCAGCAGUCCACUGCUGAGGUCACUCUGAUAGUACAGCCUGAAAAUAACAGUCCUCCAGUAGCAGUGGCUGGCCCUGACAAGGAAUUAACGUUCCCAGUAGAAAGUACUACACUGGAUGGAAGCAGAAGCCAAGAUGACCAAGGCAUUGUCCUCUAUCAUUGGGAAAAUAUCAGUGGGCCAAGCUACGUGCAGAUGGAAAAUGGUGACAAAGCAAUAGCGACUGUGUCUGGUCUUCAGGUUGGCACCUAUCGCUUCAGACUGACAGUAAAAGACCAGCAGGGGUUAAGCAAUACAUGUAUGCUGUCUAUUACUGUGAAGGAAGAAAACAAUAGUCCACCCCGGGCACAUGCUGGUGGGAAGCAUGUUCUGGUACUUCCCAAUAACUCUGUUACCUUGGAUGGCUCAAGAUCUGCUGACGACCAGGGGAUUGUGUCAUAUUUGUGGAUUCGGGAUGGUCAAAGCCCGGCAGCCGGGGAUGUGAUCCAUGGCUCAGACCAUGAAGCAGUAUUGCAGCUAACUAAUCUGGUGGAAGGAAUCUAUAUUUUUCACUUGAAAGUGACAGAUGCCAAAGGAGAUUCAGAUAUUGACUCUGCUACUGUUGAAGUGCGGCCUGAUCCCAAAAAGAGUGGUCUGGUGGAGCUGAUUCUGCAAGUUGAGGUGGGACAGCUGAGUGAACAGCAGAAGGACACACUGGUGAGACAACUAGCUGUAUUGCUGAAUGUCUUGGAUUCAGAUAUCAAAGUUCAGAAGAUACAAGCAUUCUCAGAUAUAAGCACUGCAGUUGUGUUUUACGUGCAGAAUGGGCAUCCUUCCAAGGUGAUCAAGGCAUCAGAUGUGUCUCGAGCUCUGCAUGUGCAGCUUCUGAAAGAGAAGGCUGACUUUCUGCUUUUUAAAGUCCUGCGGGUUGACACAGCUGCAUGUCUUUUAAAAUGCUCUGGACAUGGACAUUGUGACCCUAUAACAAAGCGCUGUAUUUGCUACCAGCUGUGGAUGGAAAACUUAAUUAAUCGUUAUCUAAAUGAUGGCGAGAGUAACUGUGAGUGGAGUAUACUCUAUGUGACUCUGUCUGCUUUUAUUACGAUUGUGGUCAUGAUAGGGCUUGCCUGGUUCUGCAUCUGCUUCUGUAAAAGCAGAAAGAGGACUAAGAUAAGAAAGAAAACAAAAUAUACCAUCCUUGAUAACAUAGAUGAGCAGGAGAGAAUGGAGCUACGACCCAAAUAUGGCAUAAAACACAGAAGUACAGAACACAACUCCAGCCUGAUGGUUUCUGAAUCAGAGUUCGACAGUGAUCAGGACACUAUCUUCAGCCGAGAAAGGAUUGAAAGAGAGAAUCCUAAAACCCUUAUGAAUGGAUCAAUCAGAAAUGGUGUUUCCUUCAACUACAGCUCCAAAGACAGAUAACUGAAUGAGGGAACUGGGAACCUGAAUACUUGGCUGCAAUAGAUUUGAUCUCCCUGUCAAAUGCUGAGGCCCAGGGCUUCAUACUGCAUACAGACCUCUCACAUACCACAGGAAUGCAUUCUUCUUACAGUAAGAAGACUCAAUAGGACAAACUUCAGCCAGUCCUUAGUAUUGUGCUAUAUAUUGUCUGCUCUCCAGCUUUUUCUUCCACAGCAUCUUUCCAUUACUGCUUAUGCUAAGUCUCUAGUGUGCCUUUAUCAAUGAACUUACUGCUUGGUACAUGUCAGUGCAGUCAGCACCCUUCAGUUUUGUCAAGUCUGUCACUUGGGUGUUUGGGGGUUUAUUUUACAUUUUUCAAGCCUGGUGCUGAAGGGUAGCAGAUGGUUCUUUCGAGUACUCUAGUAAAACAGCUGAUCAGAAACCUGUUUUUAUCAGUGCUACAGAAUUCCCUGGGCUGUUUCUCCCACACAUGCACUUGCUGCAGGUGCCAACCUUGAGAUCAGUGGCAAGCUCGUGCACCAUAAGAUCAUCGUGUGAUUUGGCUAAAUAUUUCUCCCUUUAACAAGUAAGAAACUGUCCAAGGCCUUCCAAGUGGAAGAUGCUUACAGAAUGCUGUCCCUGAGGUAACACUUUGAUGUCUUGAUUGUUUUCUAUUUACAUUUUGGAAGCUGAUUUUUCAAGAAGCCUCUUGGUCUAAUGGCGUAAUUGUACGGUGUCCUUGGAAGGAUAAGUAAUUCCUCAUUCAUGGUACAAGGCUUGCUAUUAAUACAAACUUGCACCAAGAUUUUAAAAUAAUGUUUCUGGCUCUGUGAAUUCAAUAUCACGUGAAUCAUUUGGCCAAGCAUAAUUUUGUCAGGAAAUAAGAAGUGAAUAUAGCAAGGCUUUUAUUUCAAUUCAGUGACGUUUUUAGUUCUAGAAAAACUGCUUUACUGGUGCAUGUCAGGUGGAAUGAAAGAGAAAAAAAGUGAACUCUUCAGGUGUAAACACGAUGGCUGAACGCAGGACUGCUGAUAGCUUUCUGAUUGGGAUUAUCAAUUACAUUUGGGUUUGAAGCAAGUACACAAUCUUCACAUUUACUUCCACACGGCUUUCCUUUUUACACAGAAAGUGCAUGGCAGCUUCUUUCUGAAAUAAGGAUGGAUACUUUCCCAACAGUCUUCUCUGCUCUUCUAAGAUACAGCUUGCCAUGUAUGGCUUUUAGUCCCUUGAAAAAGAAAUUCACAGCUUGGCACUGGUAAGAUGCUCUCUUAGAUCACAAACAGUGUGCCAACACUUGGAGUUCAUCAUAGCUUUGGAGUAAGUUCUGGAUUCUCACUUCCAUCUUGGUUUUACAUUUAUAGAUGCUGGCUUAUAACAUGCACAAGUAGAGGUUAUUUAGCUGUGUAAAAGGGCUGCCUCUGUUUUAAGUAGGGAAUAUAUUUAGAAUAACUUCCUUGCCAUUACUGCCUGAUGCAUUAAAGAGGUUCAAGUAUUCAAUGCUGUCAUACUGCGAAUAAUGUUUUGUGUUUAUAAUUCUCCUAGCUAAAGCACUGCUGCAGUACAAGCUGAAAUCUACCUGGGCAAGUCUGCUUUAAUACACAUCCAAAGCGUCUAUUGUCCUGUGGUUUGGCCAUUCAUUUUCACUGAGAGUGGAUUGUUGAGAACUUCAAAAAAAAAAAAAAAGUGAACAGUUUAACCGUAGAGGCGUUUAUUUACAGAGGGAGAAAAAAAAAAGGAUGUUUCCUAGUUUUAGUUCCUAAUUUUCCUAGGCAAAUUUCCUAUCCUUCUUUUAGGCGACAUGUGAAACCAGUUCUGCACCUCAGUAUAGUGGUAGCGGGCUCUUGUCAGCUGGAGUUUGGGGAUGGCAGUAAUAGAAUGACAAAUAUUGGUCUUCUGAGCCAUUUUUAUAACAAUUGAGAAAGGAAAACAUUUCUCUAGAAGGAAGAAGCUAGAAGUUAGAAGUGAAUUAGAAACAUCAGCUAUUGCUUAUCACUGAUACCUAACUAGAAUAUUGGGCUCAUACCUCUGCAGCAAUGGAAAACCUAUAUCAUCAUACACCUUUUACGUCCAGAACUCCCCCUGACAAGGGAGCCUUGAAGCUUAGAAACAAAAUAUAAAGAAAAAACACAGAAAAACCCACCUUUAUUUUGCUUAGGGUAUGAACCAGGUGCAGAUGAGCCACACAUCAUGUAGCUGGUCUUUGUAUAGAAAAACUUCUCCCUGGGGGUGGAUGGGUGAGCUAAUUAUACAAUUAAUCCAAUUCUAACAAAUGUUACUUAUUGAAAAUGACAGUGUAUCGUAACUGGAACUGUUUCUGAGCUGAAACUAUUACAUUUAUGUAACUACUAAUAAAAUUUUGUCUUUUCUUCUAGGAA